CUGAGGAGCUAUAUAAAGAUCUUGUCCCGGUCGUCUCCUCACAGAGUUCUUCAGCAACUCGGAUCGAUUGCUUCCCGGCACUUCUAACCCCAUUCGACAUCAGGAUGAAGUUGCUAAUUGUGUUUGCCUUGCUGGGGAUUACUUUGGGAGCCUCAGUUGACCGGUUACCCCGUGAUCUUUUGCAAAACAGCCUAAGCCUACAGCCAUCAGGACUUGGAUACUUACCACCUGAUUCUUGUGUACCUUCAACAGUUUACCGCACACAAACACAGUAUUCUACUGUUGUCAUCCCCUCUACAGUCUAUAUAACAGAUGUGCAGUAUGUAACGCAGACUGAAUUUAGAACACAACCAGUUUAUACUACAAUAUUUUCAGAAAUUGUUAGGACACAGGUUGUUCCGGAGAUUCAAUACAGGACAGUCACUGUUACUAGCACGCGAGACAAUGUUCAGACUCAAGUGAUUACUUUACCUCCUGAGGUCAAUUAUGUGACAGAGACACGUCAGGAUGUUAGGACUGAGGUUCAGUAUUCAACUCAGUUUAUUAUAAGAACACAGCAGAUACCCACAACAAUCACCAGAAAUGUAGUAUCCACACAGGUGGUCCCCCAGCAAGUAAUCAGCACAGUUUAUCAGACACAGACCGUGACUAGACAACAGCAAAUCCCAGGCACAACUCGCACAAUUGAGAGUACUCAGUAUAGUACCGUAUACUCAACACUUGUUCUGCCUGGUUCAGAUAUUACUCAGACACAGUAUGUAACAAUAACUAACUCUCAGACUCAAACUAUUACUCAACCAGGUCAAACACAGUAUAUUACUUCUACGCAAGUUAUUCCCGUAACAACCACCAUUUUCUCAGAGCAAGUUGUUACUAGGACUCAGACUCAGUUUAUUACAAAGACACAGUUCGAACAACGAGUCUCCACCGUUGUAAGAACCCAACAAGUGCCACAGUAUCUUACCAGAACUAUCACAGUUCCCCAACCAGUCGUUAGCACUCUUUAUUCUACUCAGGUGGUACCCACAACUAUCUAUACUCAGCAGACAGUACCAACUGUGGUGAACCUCCCUGCCCAAACACAGUAUGUCACAGUGACACGCACUGAUGUUAGAACCCAGCAAAUUCCAGGGCAGACUCGUAUCCAGUAUGUAACAAGUACAUUCUACAACACGAUUUUCAUCACCUCCACUGUUUAUAACGAACAAGUCAACACCAUCACUGCCACUACAACCAUUCCGCCUUACUGUAGAACUGGGUAUAACUAUCCCACUCCAUCUAGAGGCUUUAACCCAAUUGGUUGAUAAUUAUCAUCUUCCUAAUUUCAAUGUGAAUAUUGGCAGUCAUAAAAACCUAAUAAAAAUCUAAUUACCAAUAUAUAGAUAUGCAAAUCAUAUCUCAGUUAAAAUUAGGGCAAUCCUCCACUCAGAUUCCUGUAUUUAAUAAACAUAAUCCAUUAACAA